AUUCCUACACUUCUUCUUCAUCUACCCUCUCCUCUUUUCAUUCUCCAUUUCCCCCCAAUUUCUAGGGUUACCCUUUCUCUCCUUCCAGUUGUCUUUAACGCGUACAAUUCACCAUGUCAAGCUUGGAGGAACCACUUGGUCUUGACAAGUUGCCAAGCAUGAGUACCAUUGAUAGGAUUCAGAGGUUCUCAUCUGGUGCUUGCUGUCCCAGAAUAGAUAAUUUGGGCAUGGGAAACUGCUGGAUUGAAGGGCGAAGUUGCAGCACAUCUAACAGCUGCAAUGAAGAUGAUGAAGAGACAUUUCCUUGGAGAAGACAUACUAGAGACUUAUCCCGAGAUGACGCUUUCAGUCAGAAAACUCCAACCAAAGGGAGGAACUCAAUGAACUUCGGAAUGAUUGAUGAUUCAUUCUCUGAUCGCCAUUACAGUUCAAAAUUCAAUAACAAAGACUUGCAAGGUUUGGCUUAUAAGUUUCUGAAUGGUAUACCAAGGUUUGUAAAAAUAGUAGAAGUUGGCCCAAGGGAUGGAUUACAAAAUGAGAAGAACAUUGUACCUACAGCUGUAAAGAUUGAAUUGAUUCAUAGACUAGCUUCUUCUGGGUUAUCUGUUAUUGAGGCUACAAGUUUUGUAUCUCCCAAAUGGGUCCCACAGUUGGCUGAUGCAAAGGAUGUAAUGCAAGCAGUACAUAACUUGAGAGGCAUCAGAUUGCCAGUUCUGACUCCUAAUUUAAAGGGUUUUGAAGCUGCUAUAGCUGCUGGUGCUAGAGAAGUAGCUAUUUUUGCAUCAGCUUCUGAAUCAUUUUCCAAAUCAAACAUUAACUGUAGUAUUGAAGAGAGCCUUGCUCGUUAUCGAGCUGUUACACGUGCUGCUAAAGAACUCUCAAUUCCUGUUCGAGGGUAUGUAUCAUGUGUUGCUGGAUGCCCUGUGGAAGGACCAAUCCCCCCCUCAAAAGUUGCAUAUGUUGCUAAAGAACUAUAUGAUAUGGGUUGCUUUGAAAUCUCCCUUGGUGACACAAUUGGAGUUGGCACACCAGGAGCUGUAGUUCCUAUGCUCUUGGCUGUACUGGCUGUUGUUCCAAUAGACAAGCUUGCUGUCCACUUCCAUGACACUUAUGGGCAAUCCCUUCCAAAUAUACUUGUGUCCCUCCAAAUGGGGAUUAGUACAGUGGAUUCCUCUGUUGCUGGUCUUGGUGGGUGUCCAUAUGCCAAGGGUGCUUCAGGAAAUGUUGCUACUGAAGAUGUGGUUUACAUGUUGAAUGGGCUUGGUGUCAAAACCAACGUUGAUCUUAGAAAGCUUAUGCUAGCUGGUGACUACAUCAGCAACCAUUUGGGGCGCCCAUCCACUUCUAAGACUGCCAUUGCCUUCAACCGACCCACAAAUUGUGCCUCCAAUUUAUCAUAUUAAGGUUAUUCAACUUUGUAAUUUUGUCUAAAGAGUGCUACUAAAUAUAGUAGUAACUCCCCUUUGCAAAAUAUUAUUUUGUUUGGUUUCUAUAAAAGAUUUUUGGAAUCUAAUAUUGAGGGAGAAUUA